AUGGGCCAGGGUGAUGGACUCACAGCGUUGGACUCAAGACUUCGGUCGAGCGAGGGUUACUGGCCGAAUCCGGGCACGCCAACGGAGUCUACUGAUAGUAAUAGCAUGAUGAGCUUGAGAGAUAGCAGUAGUCUCUUUAAUCAGGGUCCAGGUGCCCUGGAUGAUAUUAUGAGCUUUCUCGACAGCGAGACCCUCGAUUCUUGUCCUGAGAGUUUAUCUCAUCGUCUCCAUCCCAGACCUCUGCACCAUUACACAAAUCAGCCGAAUCACGCAAAGGGCCGCGUACAUGCAGAAUCUUCGCAUGCGCAUGCAUACGAUAUCCAAAACAUGCAUUCUCAACUAGAGCGCCAAAAGCCACCACUACAGCCGCAACGCCAACGCCGUGUUCCCACAAAGCUCGACACUAGAGACUUCGCCCAUCAUGUUGAUCAGGAUCAGGAUCAGAAUCAGGACCAAGGCCUCGGUGAUCUCAGCUUUUUGCUGCCAUCGCGUCCUAUGAGCAUUGCGACUACCGCUAUGACGACAACCACGAUGGACAAUGGCUUCGAGCCUUACCCACCGCCUGCGCGGCCCGGGAGGGAACAGAUCGAGCUACGCGUCCCACCAGAUGCACGGCUUGGUCGGGACAGUCUACGAUAUAAUUCACAACAGUACCGCCUCAGUGCGAUUGACACUGAAUGUCUGUUUCCUGACGACAGCUUAUCAACAUCGGACCGGCGCCCAUCUUCUUCACGCAGUCAUCUUGUUCAAUGGCGACGCACCCCGAGUGUCAAGUCCGACUCUAAUAAACACCCGAGGGCUUCUUCUGAUCUUCAACCCCCAACGUCAGAUAACCGACCUUCAGCAACGAUCACGAGGGAAGAGUUUGAGUCUCUCCCGCCGACGAUACAGCGAAAAUACUUCUCAACUAUCGAGCGAUCGCAAUUGGCCCACUCUCCAGACUUGGGACGACAUCAACGAUCCGGGAGCGUCGGACAGGAUCAACUCCUCACACCCUGGUCAUCACUUCCAAGGCCACCUAGAAGAAGCUACGAGCCCCAAGAAAGACCCAUUACCUCGGAUGCUUCUUUACAACACCUGGAUCGUCCACGUAUUGCUUCUACAGAUCAACGAUUCUACGCCAAUCUGCCCGAAAAGAUAAAACGCCGGCAUCUCACAGACGAGGAGCUUCUAUUCGCAUAUCAAGCACAAGAAACUCGAAGUGAGGCCACAGAAGAGCUGCCAGAUAAGACUGAUCUUGAGUGGCAAUCACAAAAUAUCAUGUUGCAGUCUCCAAUCCCAAGCCCAAGGUUGUCCGGAGGGCGACCGUCCUACUCCAGCAUGCUGCCCCGACAAAAUGAUAAAGCAGGAAAGAGCUCAGAAACGACAAGACCGGAUUCUUUUUACGAUAGCUUCCGGUGGUUGGACGACGAAGAAGGACUUGAUCUUCGUCUGUAUCUAGAUGAUUAUCACAUCAACCUGCGCGAGGAGGUACCGGUCCCAAACAAGAGCCGAAGGCCUUCGUUCCGUCGUCACCUAUCUAUCAACAAGCUACCAUUCGGAAGGCCGUCUAUGACUUGCGACAGACUUGCGCAAGAAGAAAUUAUACCUUCCCCAACUGCUGUUGCUCCCCCUGUCUCGCGCAGCUCCGUUGUCGGCCCGUUCGGUCACAGCCGCAAGAAGUCACGGGCCCGAGCAUUGUCGUUGAUAUCUGCCAACAGGCAGAGUAUGAUUUCACCGUUGCAAUCCCCAAUUGAUCCUGCCGCAACUCACUAUCAAGACCCUGAGGCUCGAAAGAAGCUGCGAGAAUGCCUAGCAUCACCACAAAAGUUUGACGAAGCUAUCGAGUUUGGGUUCUUUUCCGACGGAGGAUCGAGGCCUCAGACAGGAGUGUUCAGUAAGAACACUGUUCAUCAACAAGACAGGUUACGCAGCUUCCUGGAGGAUGACCGAUCAUCCAAAUACAGUGACGACGCUUCAGCAGCCGAGCCUGAUUCCCCAAAGACGCCUCAAUUAUUCGACAAGCCACAUCACAUUCGAUCCGUGAGGAAUAGUAUCGAACACUCUUCACAUUCCAGGAUGGAUAAAUAUAUGCCGGACACAAUGGCCAGUCGAGAGAUGACGCUUCGCAUGACUUUGACGAGACCGGAUCUUCGGCAAAGCGAGGACCAAAUCUAUGGCUGGAAGCAGGGUAGUAGCCACGCGGGCUCAGGCCACAACGAACCUGCCUCGAGUCCGGCCAUAUACGCCCGUGGUGGAAACCCUAAACAGAGCAUCGAAAGGCAACUUUCUGCUUUAGAUCAAUGGGAGGAUCACCAAGAACACGACAGCGGUGCCGUGAAAAGGCUUUGGAAUCGAGUCAAGCGGUCUUGA